AUGGGCUCCGGUGCACCUACUCUGCGAAAGUCUCUUAUAAUCUACCUAGCCUUCAUCCUGACAGCAAGACUUGGGUCACCCAUACCCACCAAUUUUACGAUUGACGACGAGUAUGGCGACUCGGUCUCAGGUCUGCAGCCGAUCUACCAGCCAAGCUGGAAUUAUGGGCCUCAAUGUCCUGGGUGUGCUAUACAACCGGAAAAGGAUAAGACAUUCGACCAGACUUGGCAUGACACCACGAUACAUCCGGGGGAUCAACCUCACAAUGUCACUCUGAUGUUUAAUGGUACCGCAAUCUGGGUGUAUUGCAUCAUCCCAAACUCCCAGAAGCACAUUACGACUUUCGUGAGCCUGACCUUGGAACUGGAUGGCGACUACGUCGGAGCGUUUUCCCACCAAUCCGACGAUUAUAUGUCCUACAAUGUCACUGUGUACAGCAACACAUCGAUGGAGAACCGGGAGCACACGUUGGUGAUGACACUGCAGAACGACGUCGAUGCUUCCGUCGCGCUGUUUGACUGGGCACAAUAUACAUACGAUACGGAGCCUGAAGUCAUAUCUUCGUCGACCUUCAGCAUAUCGAGUACUAGUUCCAGCACAUACUCUGAGUCCUCGACGCGCACCUAUGAGCCAAACACCUCGCGUGUAAUGAGUUUUUUUACAAGUUCUUCCAUACCGGCUCUUACCUCAUCAAAGUCGUCAAAAAGCCCCACUGGUGCGAUAGCUGGAGGUAUAGUCGGCGGCAUCAGCGUCCUUGUUCUUGGCCUGCUCGCCUUCUUCUACAUGCAUCACUACUGCGGAGGCGGAGCAAUCAGAUCCCGCACAAUGAGUGAAACUACCCCGCGUCGUCGAGGCCUCCUUGAACGCCAGCUCGCCAUCAGUGUGGAACCAUUCUUCGGUUUCCCGACGACCCAUCAGCCUGUGCAUUCAAUUGUGACACCGAUGCCAAAGGAAGUUGCGAUAUCAUCCUGGUCCGCGCCCCAGGAGACAUAG